UAGAUUAAUUAUUAUACAUGCAGCAACGCAUGCAUACAUCAUACUAAUAAUAUUCAUGUAUAUGAAUAAUAUUGACUGAACACCCACCAAGUCUAACAGUGGGCGGGCUCAGUUAUUUAAACCAGAGAUAACUCUCUCUGUUUAAACUAUUCAGUAAAGACUGCUAAAAUAGCCACCUCAGCAAAAAAUGGACCAAGGGAAUAUGUGGAUGAGAAAAAAGAAGCCUAAGUUAAGAAGAUGCAAGAAUUGCUCAAACUUGGUUGAUAGGUGUUCAAACAACCAAAGAUUCCAAAGAUUCUGCGCCAUACUUACUACACUCUCAUGGAUAGGUUUCAGAAUAAUAUGUUUUAUUACUUGUCAAUAUGUACCCCAUGAAAUAAAAGGCAGUAGACUUUUCUCGGAUAGGAAUAAUGAAAGAUUUAAGACUUUCCUUAGCAGUCUCUUUACUAUCUACACAGUAGCUUUUAUUGUAGGGAUUGGAUCUCUUGUUAAUAUUUGGCCAACAGCAUUGAUAUUCUAUGAUGCAAUAGCUUGUCCUAUUCAGUAUUUCAGUGUGUGUUACACCAUAUUGACAUAUGAUAAGUCAAGUACAGGGGAUGGUUUACCUAAUCUACUGUUAGAUGCAACAAGCAAUCCAGACCAGAUAAAUGACAAUAUCACAGCCAGUGAAAUAAAAAAUUUCAUAGCAUAUGAACAGUUUGUCCUACUAUUCUCAACAGUUUCAGGAACAAUAUCUUAUCUUAUUUUUAUAUAUUGUGUCCUGUGUCCUCUGUAUAUUAGAAAACAUGAACCAUGGGUUACAAUACUUGGUAAAGAUGAAUAUGUGACUGCUGGAAAUCAAAAUGUUCCUAGAGGUGAAAAUGUUCCUGGAGGCGAAAAUGUUCCUGGAGGCGAAAAUGUUCCUGGAGGCGAAAAUGUUCCUGGAGGCGAAAAUGUUCCUGGAGGAGAAAAUGUUCCUGGAGGAGAAAAUGUUCCUGGAGGUGAAAAUAUUCCUGGAGGUGAAAAUGUUCCUGGAGGUGAAAAUGUUCCUGGAGGUGAAAAUGUUCCUGGAGAUGAAAAUGUUCCUGAAGGUGAAAAUGUUCCUGGAGGUGAAAAUGUUCCUCAAGGCAAAAAUGUUCCCGAAGUACUGAGCCCACUUCAUCCAUUUAAUGACAAUUACAAUCAGACCAAUGAUGAAAAUGGCAAAAAAACAAGUACUGAACUUGAUGGGAAUGAAUGGAUCAGGUUUUGGAUAUUUUGGUUAUUCAGCAUUGCUCUGCUGAUUAGCAUGUGCAUAGUGUUCUUCAUUCACUACAAUAAAAGACAAUUUCUCCCACAAAGCAGUGGCAUCACAUAUAAAUACAAUACUGCUGCCACUGCAGUAUUUGAAAAAGUCACAGCAGCAGCAUACUUCUACUCGCUUUUCUGCACCAUAUCAACUUGUUUCAUUUUCUCAAAGGUGAUGUAUGGAGUGCAGAACAAAUGCAAGGGUCUGUUCAAGAAUAAAGACACAAUUGAGAACUUUAUGGAAGAAGAUAAGAAUUUCAUUAGAAGGGCCAUUGAAACUCAGACACCAUUUGAAAUGUGGUUCUUCAUCCAUUGGGCUAUGUAUAUCAUAACUUCCUUUCUCUCUCUCUCAUUUUUCUUUGAAGCCAUUAACAAGAAGAUACAAGCUACAUUAGUCGAUCAUGACUCUGGGAUUGGCUUUCAUAAUUUAGAGCUUGCACUAAUUGCUUUACUUGCACUGUCUAAUUCCUUCUUCUUCCUUUAUCCAUGUAUCAGAGCUGCUGGUGUCACUGAGUCAAGAAAGAGCCUCAUUCGUGAUGUGAACAAUAGCAUUAAUUUUAAAAAUAAUAAUAACAAGAAAAAUGAUAAAAGGAAAGCUUUCGUUAAUUACCUGAAGGAAAAGAAUUAUGGCUUUCGUCUGAACAUCCUUUGUGCUCAUGUCAAGUUCAACCUCAACAUUGCCUACAUCUCAAUAUUCAUUGGACUGUUAGGUGUACUCAUUAAAGUUGGUAGUAGCAUUUAACAUAAACACUGCAUGCUUGCUUUACAUUUGUGCUUUGUUUAGUAUAUUUUAGCUAGGCUUGUUUUUACAUCGAUAACUUUUGGUUUCUAUGUAUACAGAAUAACUCUAGUAUAGUUAUCUUGCUAUUGCUAUAAUUGUUUUAUCAUUUUAAU